GCGCGGGGCGGGCCGGCCCCGGUCACUUCCUGCCCCCGCCCCCUCCCGCCGCGCUGCCGCCGCCGCCGCUCCCCCCGCCCCGGCCCCGCCAUGUCGUUCCGGAAGGUGGUGCGGCAGAGCAAGUUCCGGCACGUGUUUGGGCAACCGGUGAAGACGGACCAGUGCUACGAUGACAUCCGCGUGUCCCGUGUCACUUGGGACAGCACCUUCUGCGCCGUCAACCCCUCCUUCGUGGCCAUCAUCGUGGAGGCCAGCGGCGGCGGCGCCUUCCUCGUCCUCCCCUUGCACAAGACCGGCCGCAUUGACAAGUCGUACCCAACGGUGUGUGGCCACACGGGCCCCGUCCUGGACAUCGAUUGGUGUCCCCACAAUGACCAUGUCAUCGCCAGCGGCUCGGAGGACUGCACCGUCAUGGUAUGGCAGAUCCCGGAGAACGGGCUCAGCCAGCCGCUGACGGAGCCGGUGGUGGUGCUGGAAGGUCACUCCAAGCGUGUGGGCAUCAUCACUUGGCACCCCACUGCCCGCAACGUGCUGCUCAGCGCGGGCUGUGACAACGUGGUGCUGAUCUGGAACGUGGGCACGGCGGAGGAGCUGUACCGCCUGGAGGGGCUGCACCCCGACCUCAUCUACAGCGUGAGCUGGAGCCGCGACGGCGCCCGCUUCUGCACUGCCUGCAAGGACAAGAGCGUCCGUGUCAUCGACCCACGCCGCAGCACCGUGGUGGCCGAGAAGGAGAGGGCGCACGAGGGGGCUCGCCCCAUGAGGGCCAUCUUCUUGGCUGAUGGCAAGAUCUUCACCACCGGCUUCAGCCGCAUGAGCGAGCGGCAACUGGCGCUGUGGGAUACGGAGAACCUGGACGAGCCCAUGGGGCUGCAGGAGCUGGACUCCAGCAAUGGGGCUUUGCUGCCUUUCUAUGACCCCGACACCAACGUGGUCUAUGUCUGUGGCAAGGGGGACUCGAGCAUCCGGUACUUUGAGAUCACGGAGGAGCCUCCCUACAUCCAUUUCCUCAACACCUUCACCAGCAAGGAGCCGCAGCGGGGCAUGGGCUGGAUGCCCAAGCGCGGGCUGGACGUCAGCAAGUGUGAGAUAGCCAGGUUCUACAAGCUCCAUGAGCGCAAGUGUGAGCCCAUCAUCAUGACGGUGCCAAGGAAGUCGGACCUGUUCCAGGACGACCUGUACCCCGACACGGCGGGCCCCGAGGCGGCGAUGGAGGCGGAGGAGUGGGUGGCGGGGCGCACGGCGGGGCCGGUGCUGGUGUCCCUGCGCCAGGCCUACGUGCCCCCCAAGCAGCGGGACCUCAAGGUGAGCCGCCGCAGCCUCCUGCACGAGGGAGGGGCCCCGGCCACCGGCACCGGUACCACCGGCAGCAGCACCGGCAGCACCACGCCGCCCCCCACGCUGCCCCCCACCACCAACACCACCCGCCUCAGCGCACCCCCGGCGCUGGGCACCGGCACUGCUGCCACCCCGGGCGCGGGGCGCCUGGAGGAGGUGCUGCAGGAGGUGUGGGCGCUGCGGGCGCUGGUGGCCGAGCAGGGGCAGCGCAUCUCCCGCCUGGAGGAACAGCUCAGCCGCCUCGAGAACGGCCACGUCUAGGGACCCCCCACACCCCCCCCCCUCAGGGACCACCGACCCCGGGGCACCCCCCCCCCCCGUGAGCCCACACCCCACUCCGGGGUCCCCCCAUUCCUUCUCCCCAUUGGAGGGCUGGCCGCCCCACUGCCCCUCAUUGCCUUACUGGGUGCUGCCCCACCACUAAUGGACCAUUAUUGCCCCCCCCUCCCAUGUCCUGGGGGCUGCUCUUGGGAUCAAACAUCACCCCCUGCACCCCCCAUUCCUGGAUGGGGUGGGAUCUUCUCCCCAUUCCUAUGGGGCAGGGCAUGAUCUGUGUGUGUGUGUGUGUGUUCACCCCCCCACUGUGGAAUUGUCCCCCCUAUAUUUUGGGGGCUUCUUUCCCUUCUCCUUCUGUUCCCCCCUUCCAGUGCAGGGUCAAAAACUAUAUUUUCACUCCAAAUAAAGGCAUUUUUAAGAAAA